AUGGAAAAACGAUCUAAAGCAUUGUAUGAGCGAUUCCACGCUACGGCAAAGCGACAUCUAGAAAAUAACAAAUUAGAAGACGCUGAACGGGGAUUUGCCAGCGCGUUACGACAGGUCUAUAUGCAGAAAAAUAAACUGUACCAAUUAGCAAUCGCUCUUAGGGGAUUAGGUUUCGUCUACAAAGCUCGCGGAAGCAUUCAUAAAAAUGCGGAAGAUUUGGUCAAAGCUUCAGGCUUAUUCAUUGCUUCGCUGACUCGACUGCAACAAUGCAAUGCAGUCUCAGAGAAGAAACACAACGUCAGGACUGUUUUAGACUCCGAAAUUAUUCAACUACAAGACGAGAUUAGAAAUGUUCACGCGAUAUUUAUUGAUGAAAUAAUUCAGUCACCGCACGAUGGCAGUUCAAACGAUUUUCAAAGACAUGAACAUUACAAGAAAUCUCUUCAAGAGAUCCGGGAAUCCUGUCAAUUGAAAAUCAGUUUCUUAGAUAAUAUGCCUUCACUUGACCCAGCCGUAAGAGAUAUCCGUGUUGAAAAGGAAAGAAUAGAACAUACACAACGUCUGUAUAAGGACAUAUCGAAAUCGAUGAAAGAAUUAAUUACAUGCAUGAUAGACGACUGUAUGCAAGUCAUGUCAAGCCCUCCGUGUAAAUAUUCUAUACUGAGCCUUGGUUCAACAGCAAGAGAGGAGGCUACGCCAUAUUCUGAUUUGGAAUUUUGUAUCCUCGUUGAGAAAAACACCGAUGUUGUCCUGCAGUAUUUUACUGACUUCACGAAUUUUCUUCAGUUAAAAUUUGUAGAACUUGGCGAGACCAUUCUCCCUAGCCUGGGAAUUAAAUCGUUGAAUAAUUACUGUUCUGGCAACAAAGAAGAUGACUGGUUUUAUGAUGAUGGUCAAAGAGGUUUUUCAUUUGAUGGAGCCAUGCCUUGGGCAAGUAAAACACCAAAAGGACGAGACAAGACGUUGAACAAGCCUUGGGUGCAAUCACUGAUUAAAACUCCUGAGGAUAUGGCUGGCCUCCUUUCCGAGACAUCCAUCUUUAAAGAGGGAUACCAUGUUGCUGAUGUGCUUUCUACUUGUCAUUUAAUUUGCGGAGAUUGUUCAUUGUUCGAGGACUAUAGUGAUUUUAUGAAAGAGUACAUAGACGAAACUGUAAACGAUCACAACUCCGCAGAAACUAAUAUUGGAUCAAAGUAUCGUGUCAUUCGGAUGCCAUGGAAACAAAGAAUUUUACAAGAGCUGGUUGAAGUCCAAAAGGAAUACCAUAAUUCUCUUGAAAACUACGUGAGAAGGCCAGGAAUAAGCUAUGCAGUUAAAACAGAUAUUUACCGAUUUCCAAGCCUCGUUGUUGGGAAUAUAGGGAAGUACUUCGAUAUUCAAUGCUCUUCUUCAUGGCAAGCGAUCGAUAAGUUAGAGUCUGCAAAGAUUCUUUCUUUAGAAGGAGCUCAUAAUUUAAGAACUGCACUCGGUAUAGCUGCAGAAUUUCGAUUGAGAACAUAUUUAAGCAAUCAGUGUCAAAGUGAGCAUUUUAAUUCCCUUGUGAAUCUUGCAGAAGAUCUCCCUGAUAAUUUGUCAUUGUUAUUACUGAGGUUUUUCUUUACUGUUGUGCCACUAGAAGAAGCUAUCGAGAAACUAGCUUCAGAAAAUUUACUUCAUGUGAUGAACUUUGAAUUCUACAAUAAUAACCCCAAAAUUACAGCGCGAAUGUACUUACAAUUUAGGAAGUACUCCAAAGCUGAAGAAAUUCUUACGGACAUGUUUGUAAACGCUCUUCAUUUGUCCUCGAACAAUGGGGAAGAUCAAGAAGUAGCUGAAAUUUGUAAAAUGCUGGGAAAUGCUUUGAAGCUUCAGAAAAGAGAGUCAGAGGCGAUCAAAUAUUACAGAAUAGCCUUAGAAAUUAAUGAACGCGUCUACAUGCGUAUCCCACAGCCAUCUAAUCUAAAAAGCGUUGCGGACAGUUAUACAAACUAUGGUGUUGCUCUUAGAAGUUUGGGCCAAAUCAAGGAAGCCUUAUCUUGUUAUACCAAAGCUUUAGAAAUUCGAAUUGUUUUGUUUGCAGGAAGUUCAACGGCGGUGAAUCAAAUUUUUUAUCUGCAAGAUGUUGCCGAUGGACAUUAUAAUUUAAGUGAGCUUUAUAAAGCCGAAUCUCCGAUAGAUGUUGUAAAAUUUUUCUUGCAUAAUGAACAGGCAAUGGAGAUUGCUAGGGUCUUACUUGAACAGUACAAUGUAACUUAUUAUCACUACACUUCGUUGUUAUUUAAUCAAGGUUUAUGUUUAUAUAACUUACGAAGAUUUGAAGAGUCGGCCAAAGCCUACCAGGAAGCUCUAGAAUUGCUACACAGGUACAUGAAAUAUAAUAUUUCCACACUAAGAGAGGCGACUCUAUUAAAUAAUCUUGGAAAUGCGGUUAUGGAAUUAGGAGAUUUGGGUAAAGCAAGGACUUUACAUAACAGAGCUUACGAGAUACGGAUCCACAUACAUGGGACAAAAGAUGAUGAUUCUUUAGCAAGAUCACUUAAUAACUUUGGUCUUAUCCAUGAAUAUGAAGGGGAUUACAAAGAAGCUCACGAGUUUUACAUCCAGGCUAGAGACAUGAGUAUAAGGAUCCACGGUGAAGAUAGUGCUGAUGAACUGUACACAAGAAACGCUACGAGAAUGACUGAGAAAUGCAAAACCAAUCACGACGAAGGGAAAUGUGUUAUUGUUUAGAGAUUUGUAUAACGCCCGCUGAUUUAGAUACUAGACAUAUUGUAUGACUAGUAAAAACAAGCAUUACAGCACAUGGCUUGACAUUUGAGGUGGCGUUUAAUGGAGAGGGGGGCUUAAUAGAAAAGCGGGGCGUAUUGUUUCAGCCAAAUAUGGUAUUUUUUAACUAUUAACUUCCAGCAUAACUGCAUAAAUAGAAAGGUCUAUUCAGCGUACUAGAUGUAUUUCUUUAUUAUGAAAGAGGUGGG